AUGACCCACCAAACCCACUCAUAUCAUAUAGUAAACCCCAGUCCUUGACCACUUACAGGAGCUCUCUCAGCAUUCCUUAUAACAUCAGGCCUAAUCAUAUGAUUCCAUUUCAACUCAAUUAUUUUACUGACUUUAAGUUUUUUUACAAAUAUUCUAACAAUAUACCAAUGAUGACGAGACAUCAUCCGAGAAAGUACUUUUCAAGGCCACCACACACCAACCGUCCAAAAAGGACUUCGAUAUGGCAUAAUCCUAUUUAUCUUAUCAGAAGUCCUAUUUUUCACAGGCUUCUUCUGAGCCUUUUACCACUCAAGCCUUGCCCCUACUCCCGAACUAGGAGGUUCCUGACCACCAACAGGUAUUCACCCCUUAAAUCCACUAGAAGUCCCACUCCUCAACACCUCCGUAUUACUAGCUUCUGGUGUAUCUAUCACUUGAGCCCACCAUAGCCUUAUAGAAGGUAACCGUAAACACAUACUCCAAGCCCUCUUAAUUACAAUCAUACUUGGCCUUUAUUUCACCCUACUCCAAGCAUCAGAAUACUAUGAAGCCCCUUUCACAAUCUCAGACGGAGUCUACGGCUCCACUUUCUUCGUAGCUACAGGCUUCCACGGACUACACGUCAUCAUUGGAUCCACUUUCCUUAUCAUCUGCUUUGUACGCCAAAUAAUGUUCCACUUCACAUCAAAUCAUCACUUUGGCUUCGAAGCCGCUGCUUGGUACUGACACUUCGUAGACGUCGUAUGAUUAUUCCUCUAUGUAUCAAUCUAUUGAUGAGGCUCAUA